UCCACGCCCUCGCCGAUCCACGCCCUCGCCGAUCCACGCCCUCGCCGAUCCACGCCCUCGCCGAUCCACGCCCUCGCCGAUCCACGCCCUCGCCGAUCCACGCCCUCGCCGAUCCACGCCCUCGCCGAUCCACGCCCUCGCCGAUCCACGCCCUCGCCGAUCCACGCCCUCGCCGAUCCACGCCCUCGCCGAUCCACGCCCUCGCCGAUCCACGCCCUCGCCGAUCCACGCCCUCGCCGAUCCACGCCCUCGCCGAUCCACGCCCUCGCCGAUCCACGCCCUCGCCGAUCCACGCCCUCGCCGAUCCACGCCCUCGCCGAUCCACGCCCUCGCCGAUCCACGCCCUCGCCGAUCCACACCAAUCCACACCCUCACCAAUCCACACCCUCACCAAUCCACACCCUCACCAAUUCACACCCUCACCAAUUCACACCCUCACCAAUCCAUCCAAUCCACAUCCUCAUUAAUCCACUCCCUCUCCAAUCCACACCCUCACCAAUCCACAUUCUCACCAAUCCACACCCU